GACUCGAGUAAGAUUAGUCCCUAUUUUUAGUUGCAUUAAUCUUGUGUUCUUUGUUUCGUUCUUUGUCACAUUUGCUUGUGCAUUCAUUGGGUGACGUCUUUCAGCCUCGUGCCCCACCUCCAGAUAUUCCAUCUCACUUCAAGCGCCAAACUCGUCAGCCUUAUCACGACUACCUUCCACCCUUGACCUAGCAUCAUUAAAGAACCAGCCGCAUUUUCACGUUGCAAUGGCCUCUGAAGACGAUCGCCCCAAUGAUUCGUCCCGGAAUAAGCGUCGCAAAACAAGCGGCGACUCUUCUCCUCCUUACGCGCCGCAACGCGACGCCCUAGACAACGAUCGAUCACCUAGACAGUCUCGUCAACUAUCGAUACGAGACAAUCGCCGCAAUAGCAGGACUGUCAGCCCAAGUCCUGGUGACGAUGGUGCUGGAAACAAAUAUUACGAAAGUCGUCGUACAUCACGGUCGAGAUCACGGUCGAGGUCACGGUCUCUCUCUAGUAUAGACUCCCGUAGACACUCGCGCUCGCGAUCCCGAUUAACAACACGAUCACAUUCACCCCGCACUUCACGUUCACGUUCACGCUCACGCUCACGCUCGCAACUAUCCUUUCGUCGCUCCCGAACAGACUCCCUCUCCCCGCGGGGGGCUGAACCAACUCCUCCUCCAGAACCUUUCAAGCCCAACUAUCGUGCCCGCCUUGUUCUUCAUGGUCAUACCAAGCCUGUCUCUCAGGUUCGAAUAUCACCUAAUGGAAAAUUCAUCGCAUCUGCAUCGGCGGAUGCUACUGUCAAGAUAUGGGACGCUACAACAGGCGAACACAUGGAUACACUAGUUGGGCACAUGGCAGGCGUGAGCUGUCUUGCUUGGACACCUGAUAGUAACACCAUCGCAAGUGGUUCAGACGACAAAGCCAUUCGUUUAUGGGAUCGCGUUACAGGGCGGCCAAAAACCACAACUCGAAAAUCGGUAGCCGGUCAAGAAAUGGGACCAUUGAAAGGCCAUCAUAACUAUAUUCACUGCUUGGCAUUCUCGCCAAAGGGCAACAUCCUUGCAAGUGGUUCAUACGAUGAAGCUGUGUUCCUGUGGGAUGUACGAGCGGGCAGGCUGAUGCGAAGCUUACCUGCACAUAGUGAUCCUGUCAGUGGGGUUGACUUUUCUCGAGAUGGCACGCUGGUCGUCAGUUGCUCGACAGAUGGUUUGAUUCGUAUUUGGGAUACAUCAACAGGCCAGUGCUUACGCACCCUUGUUCAUGAAGAUAAUCCAGCUGUCGCCAAUGUUUGCUUCUCCCCUAAUGGACGCUUCGUCCUGGCUUUCAACCUCGACAACUGCAUUCGCCUAUGGGAUUAUGUUUCUGGUACCGUUAAAAAGACAUAUCAAGGCCACGCCAACGAGAAGUUCGCUGUGGGUGGCUGUUUUGGAGUUCUGGAGGGGGCUCCUUUCAUUGCAUCUGCUAGCGAGGACGGCAGCAUCGUCAUGUGGGACGUAGUAUCAAAGACAGUCUUACAAAGAGUAGAGGGUCACAAGGGUGUGUGCUUCUGGGUGGAUGUCCAUGGAGAGACGAUGGUGACCGGAGGGCAGGACAACACAGUCAAGGUUUAUCGACACAUCAGAGAUAACAACAAGGUGAACGGUGAUACCGAAAAGGUGGAUAAGGAGCCACACUCUGAGGGGUCACUGGCGCAACAAGACGUGGCCAUGAAAGGGGCAUAGGAUGAUACCAUAGAGAUACCUAGUGCAGGCGUUAUACAGCUUAAUGAAAGGAGAUUGCUCGCAACAAUAGGCAUAUGAUGAA